AUGGCUGACACACAGCCGCCACCGAACACCGCCGCAGCAAUCGACGGCGCUUCCGUUCCUUCAAAGGAGCGUCUCCGCACAAGAUGCUGCUUCUGUCUCAGCAAAACCCUGUGGAUCUUUCUGGUUCUCGUUAUCGUCCUCGCCAUGCUCGUGAUUUUGGUUUUAUACAUCAUCAUCACGCCCCGCUCCUUCAGAUUCCACAUCACCGACGCUAGCCUCACGCAAUUCGAUUACACUGCCAACUCCACCACCCUUCGCUACAACCUCGUACUCAACAUCACAGCAAGCAACCCUAACAAGAAGCUGAAGAUAUACUACGACGUCGUUCAGGCCAACGCGCUCUAUGGCGGGGUUAGGUUUUCCACCACCGACGUCAACAUGCCCUGGAACUCCUACCUUCAGGACAAGAAGGCCACCAACCUUUUCAGCGCCGUUUUCUCCGGACAACGUGUGAUGGUGUUCGAUCGAAACCAGGUUUCUGAGUUCCAUGAAGAUUCCAAGGAUGGGGUGUUUCCGAUUGAUAUAAAAAUAAAGUUUCGGAUCAGGUUCAGGCUUGGAGAUUAUCAGUUGGGGAAUUCGCAUCCCAGAGGCAUGUGUGAACUCAAAGUUCCUUUGACUUCUAAGGGGGAAACUGUGGCUCCGUUUAAGGCCACCAAGUGCCGAAUUGAUUUCUGA